AUGUCAUCUACUGUUAAAGCUGCAAACUGGAGAUUCGUUGAAGUCGGACGUAUUGUUUUAGUUGACAACAAAGAUUUAGCCACCAUUGUUGAAAUUAUUGAUCAAAAAAGAGUUUUAAUUGAUGGUCCAAAAGUACCAAGACAAGCUAUUUCAUUAGCUAAAGUUACCUUAACCCCAAUAGUUUUACCAAAUUUACCAAGAGGUGCUAGAACUUCAACUGUUAAUAAAAAAUGGGCUGCUUCAGAUGUUGACCAAAAAUGGGCUUCUUCAGCUUGGGCUAAAAAAUUAGCUUCAAAAGAAAGAAGAUCUCAAUUAAGCGAUUUUGAAAGAUUCCAAGUUAUGGUUUUAAAGAAACAAAGAAGAUAUACUACUAAAAAAGCUUUAGCUAAAGCUUAA